AUGCAUGUUAUUUCAACUCAUCCUUUGUUAUCACCUCUUUAUGGAAAAGAGGGUUAUGGAAUCAUUGGUGAUCAACAUUCAAAGCGCAUCCAAGAUACUCUUUCAAAGGUACUUGAAGAGAUGAAAGAGCUAUACAUAAUAGCCAUUCCCAUGAUCAUGGCCGGUCUUUUAGUGUACGGAAAAUCACUAAUCUCAAUGUUCUUCAUGGGCAUGAUAGGAAAAGACGCCUUAACCGGUGGCAGCCUCGCCAUUUGCGUUGCCAACAUCACCGGCUACUCCGUCGUAUCGGGGCUAGCCGCGGGCAUGGAAGGCAUUUCCUCCCAAGCCUACGGUGCCAACAAAUGGUCACUCAUGGGCCAAACACUAAACCGAACAAUCCUCAUUAUACUCACACUCGCCACAUUCCCUAUCUCAUUCUCAUGGUUCAACUCCAAACCCUUAUUCCUUUAUUGGUUCAACAACAACCAAACUCUCUCCACAAUCGCCACAACUUACCUCAAAUACUCAAUUCCUUCUCUAAUCUUACAAUCAUUCAUAAACCCGCUUCGAAUCCACUUAAGGACUCAGAAACUCACAAAACCUCUCAUGUUAAGUGCAGCCUUAGCGCUUGCUUCUCACGCUCCUAUUAACUACUACUUCAUCAACCAUCUUGGUUUCAACAACAUUGGAGCUGUCGCUCUCUCCGCUUCCUUAACUGACUUUAACAUUUUUGUAUCCUUAGCUUUCUAUCUAUACUUCUUCGGCGCCGUGACAUGGUCUUGGCCGGAAUGGUCAUUCCGCAACUGCUUCUUGGAAUGGAAACCAAUUCUCAGCCAAGCCAUUCCCAGUUGCAUCUCGGUAUGUCUCGAGUGGUGGUGGUAUGAGCUCAUGAUAAUGCUCUCCGGGUUGUUAGUCAACUCCGGAGAUGCAGUGGCCUGCAUGGGAAUUCUCAUGCAGGCUACAAUGCUGGUUUACCAGUUCCCGUUCGCCUUAAACCAAGCUGCUUCUACGAGAGUAGGCAUUGAGUUGGGGGCUAACCAGCCAAAGAAGGCGAAAACUGCGGCUUUCGUUGCCUUGUCAUGUGGCUUUGUAACAGGCAUUGUAUCUUUGGUUUUCAUGGUUGCGGUGAAGGACACAUGGGGGAAGAUUUUCACCAAGGACAGAGCGAUUUUAUCGCUGAGUGCGGCGGUAUUGCCCGUGGUGGGGCUGUGUGAGGUUGGGAAUUGUCCGCAAACUACUGUUUGCGGAGUUCUGAGGGGGAGUGGUAGGGCGAGUAUGGGUGCUUGUAUAAAUGUUGGGAGUUUUUAUGGUGUGGGGUUUCCGGUUGCUAUGUUUGUGGGGUUUAAGAUGGGAAAGGGGUUGAUUGGGUUGUGGGUUGGGUUGGUGGGGGCUCAGUUGGUUUGUGCUUUUGUCAUGGUUGUGGUUUUGGUCACUACUGAUUGGAAUGUGCAAGCGGAGAGAGCUAAGGAGUUGACUAGAUCAACAUCAAAUGAUGUUGAUGAUGGCCUAGUAUCGCUUGUGUUGGAAAACUAGGAUGUUUUUAUUUGUACUUAAUUUUAAUUAUAUUAUAUGGCGGCUUAAUUAACUAGGCUAAUUCACUGUUAGCUUAGAUGUGUUUGAGUUAUGUAUAUGGUUUUGUUUUUGUUCAUUUAAGUUUAAAGUAUUGAGUUAAUUUAAUUUAUAACUGAGAAUUGUUAUUUAUUAAAUUAAAAUGUAUAAAGUUUGAUAUUAAAUUGUGUAAAUAGGGGUAUGCCAUCUUGUCCUUUAGCAUUAUACCAUAGCUAGUUUUGUUAUGAUAUAUGAUAAUACAUUAACAAUAUUUUUCUUUAAAUUAAAAUUUGUAGAAAUAGUCCAUAUUACAUGAUUACAUUUAUAAUAUGAACCGAAUUUAAAUUGUAUGAUAUGCACAAUAAUAAUAUAUUAGCUUUGUUCAUUGUUAAAAAUAUAUAUUUAUUUUAUAUAAAGUGUGGCUAUGUAACAUAAUUCUUGAUUUAAUAAUAGUUUUUGAUUUUUUUAUGUUAACUUUAAAAGAAUAUCUCAAGUAUAUAUUUAACAGAAUAUUAAUUAUUUAUCUAAAUAUUAAGAUGUGUUUUAAUAUUAAUUUAUUUAAAUAAAUUAAUAUUACUUUUAAAUUUUAAUUGUAUAACCCUAACACGGAACACGAGUUAAGCUAAAUCUAAUUUUUAAAUAUGAAUUUCUUAUCCCCUAGAAUCCAUAUGCGAUUACAGCCCUAGAGUAUUUUUAACGAUUGAAAUUGACCUUCUAUCUCCUUAAGCAAAAUCGAUUCUUGAAGUCUACUCUCAGUUCUUAUAUUGCAACCAACAUAUGUUUCAACCGAUUCUUUGAAAUUAAUUCCAAUCCUAUCUUUCGUUUUAUGAGACUUAAUUCGAUCUUCAAAUUGAUCUUGGGAAAAUAAAAGGCUGCAAGAGAGGAGAGGAAGAGGCCGGGCUGGUCUUUUAUUAGAUCAUUUGGAAAAAUUGAUUCUUAUAACAGGAAAGGUAGGGUGUACAUCGGUCGGUUUGGUCGGAUUAUAGUAUAUUUUUACCAACCCAAUAUAAAUGUGGGUUGUAAAUAUUUAAAUGUAACCCGUCCAAUGAAAAAAU